AUGACCGAUAAUACAACUCCAAGAAGAAUUAGCGAACGAAGAAAUAAAGGAGUUCCGCCAGCCAAGUUCGGAUCGUUUGAUGUAGACAUGGGAGGAGUUGAUCGCACGCCACCGCCGCCGGCACAAAAACAAACUGCAGGGCAAACUGAAGAAGAUUCGCCAGGAACUUCAGCUGAGCCACAACAGAGUUCCAAUACAGAUAUGAAUGCUUUGUCACGUGAAUUCGGUAAGAAAAUGGAUGAGAUGCGUAAUGAAUUUAACAGGCAACUACAGGCCAUGCAAGCUUUGAUGAUAUCAAACAAUGAUCGUGUGCAAAGUAAUAUACAAAAAAUAAGGAACGAAUUAAGACGUCAGCCAACUACAUCAACGUCCGACGGGACACAAUUUUUGCCGCCAACGCCAGCCAUCUCUGCCGCUACUAAUACGUCCGCCGGGACACAAUUUCUGCCGCCAACGCCAGCAAUCUCUGCCGCUACUAAUACGUCCGCCGGGACACAAUUUCUGCCGCCAACGCCAGCAAUCUCUGCCGCUACUCAUACGUCUGCCGGGACACAAUUUUUGCCGCCAACGCCAGCAAUCUCUGCCGCUACUAAUGCGUCCGCCGGGACACAAUUUCUGCCGCCAACGCCAGCAAUCUCUGCCGCAGCUCAUACGUCCGCCGGGACACAAUUUUUGCCGCCAGCAAUCUCUGCCGCUGCUCAUACGUCCGCCGGGACACAAUUUCUGCCGCCACCAUCAAUCUCUGCCGAUACACAUAGUUCUACGCUGUCUGAUGAUUCUGCCUCAUCGCAACCUUUUGCCAAUGUACCUGCCGUCACGCAAUAUUCUGCCGCCGCACAAAUGCCUUCAGUUAGUCAGUCAGGUUUGCAAAAUAAGAAAAUUUACCCUCUUCCCCAUUUUUCAGGUCAGCCGGAGGAAUGGCAAACAUUUAUUGAAGCAUACCAGAGCACAACCAGAGAAUUUCAAUAUUCCAAUUUGCACAAUAUUAUGCGAAUUCGAGAUGCUUUAAGUGGCCGUGCAAAAGACACAGUAGAGGCUCUGCUUACAAAUUCUGCCAACGUCGCUGCCAUUUUAGAAACUUUAGAGCAGAAUUACGGGAGACCGGAGCAACUUAUAAAAAGUCAGAUCGAGAAAGUUCGCACAAUUUUACCUGUUGCAGAAGGUGAUCUAGAAGGGCUAAUUGUUUUUGCGAAUAAAAUUACUAACAUGUCGACGUUUCUUCAAAAUGCCAAAGGUGCACACCAUUUAUCAAAUCCAAUGCUUCUAAAUGAACUAGUUGUGAAAAUGCCAAUAUGCCGCCAAAUGCAAUGGGCCGAAGCAUGCCUAAGUCUUGGUGAUGCCCCUACAAUCGUAAAGUUUAGUCAGUGGCUAAAUGCACUUCGAAAAAUCGCCAGUACUGUUACUGAUUCAAUGUCAAAUAUGAGUGUAUGUUCGAAUACUGUCAGAAAACAACAACAGUUGACUACAACAUCUGGAGGACGUAGGCGUGUAAACGUAAGUGUUUCUUUAAAAACCUGUGGUGUAUGUGAAAAUCAGUGUGCUUCAGUGGAUCAAUGUGAAUCAUUUCUAAAAUUGCCAUGUGAUGUCCGUUGGAAAAAAGUAAAAGAUAUGAAAAUAUGUUUUUCGUGUUUAAAGAAGGGCCACAGAGCAGCUUCAUGUUAUGCCAAAAAGAAGUGUGGUAUUAAUGGUUGUAAUAGAGUCCAUCAUCGCCUUUUACAUGACUCAAGUAUUGAAGUGGUUGCCCAAAAUCCAUCUUCAAAUAAUGUUGUUACAUCAAAGCCUAGCUUAGUCGAAAGCAAUACAGCCGGAAGAAAUUGUCAUUUAAAUGAAGGCCGCCAUAUGAGAGAAAGUGUACUAUUUCAAAUUAUUCCUGUAAAAUUGUAUGGACACUUAACAGAAAUUUCAACCUAUGCCUUUAUCGAUGAUGGAUCCAACACAACAAUGAUUGACGCCAAAAUUGCCCACGAACUUGGAAUAUCAGGUAAAAAGGAUCAAUUAGAAGUCCAAUGGUUUAUUCACCACACUAUUUGUGAGCCAACUGAAAUUAUUGAUCUAGCCAUUAGUGGAGUACAUGAGAAUGCUGAAAAAUUUCAUAUUUCAAAGGUAUUUACUUCUACAAAUAUAACCCUGCCUCAUCAAAGUUUCUGCCGUAGUGAGUAUAAAAAUACACAUAUCAAUAAUUUGCCGAUUGUAGAAUAUAAAAACAUUCAGCCUAAAAUUAUAAUAAGUUUGGCACAUGCUUUCCUCACAGUACCCAUAGAAGUACCACAGACGUCCAUUAGUAAGGGCCCCAUCGCAGUAAAAACUCGCUUGGGCUGGUUGGUAUACGGCCCCUAUAGUUACGACAGCAUCCAGCUACGUCAUGCCUUUCAUGUGAGAACAGUAGAAGAAAGCGGUAAUUUGGAGAAACUGCUAACGUCAUAUUUUGGAAUGGAGACAUUUGGAAUCAAACCAAAUACUAAAAUUAUUAUGUCAAAGGAAGACACUAUAGCCAUAGAUAUUUUGAAUAGAUCAACAGUAAAGGUUGGUGAUCGUUUUGUUACCCCACUUCUGUGGAAAGAAAAUUUUUCCCGACAGUUUUGA